CUUUGAUAUUGUCUAUAACCUUUUCGUCUAUACUAGCUACUACUGUCAAGUAACCUUUUAAACUGAAUUAUACAAGAAUUAUGCGCCUUGCUACUCUCUCUGCCGCCUCGAUUCUUGCCUUUAGCCUGUCUGUUUUAGCUGUUCCAUUUCAGCAAGACCAGGAUCUCCUGCAGAAUGACCCAUUUGCUCGUCGUCUUAUCUCCUUUUCCGAAGGACAAUCACAAUGGAUGAACGAAGAGCAGAUAUUUGGUCUGUAUAGAUCCAAUACCAAGUUUAUUGAUAUCACUGAUGGUGACAUGGACAGCAUCACCUUUUUCCAAGCCAGUACCACAACUAAAAAAGACUAUCCCUCGCUCCUUUCCCAACAGAGCAAGGUCACCCCGAUCAUCGAUGCUAUUUCACAGGAUGGUAUGAAGCAGUUUUUGACCAGCUUCAGUGGAUUCAAAACCAGGUACUUUAGGUCAUCUAGUGGUAUUGAAUCAUCCAAGUGGCUACAAACGCAAGUCCAGGACCUGGCCGAUAGUCAUGGCCGAAACGAUGUAUCUCUUUCUGUAAAACAGUUUAAGCACUCGUGGGGCCAAGCAUCGAUUAUUGCCAGAUUUGAAGCAACUGGCUCAGCAAAAGAUGAAAAUGCUCAAGAUAUCAUUGUUAUAUCUGCUCAUCAAGACUCGGUAAACCAGUUUAAUCCGUGGUUUGGUCGUAGUCCUGGUGCUGACGAUGAUGGAUCUGGCAGUACUACUAUAUUUGAAGUAUUGACUCGCCUUCUCAAGUCUGAUUUUGUUCCCAAUCGUCCAGUCGAAUUCCACUGGUACAGUGGUGAAGAAGGCGGUCUGCUUGGUUCACAAAAAGUAGUUGCCGAUUACAUGAAGCGCAAAGUAGAUGUCUACGCCAACUUCCAUAAUGACAUGACUGGAUACCAGCCAAAAAACAAAAAGCCUGUGAUUGGUAUCUCGACCGAUUUUGUAGAUCCAAAACUGUCUACUUUUCUCCAGCAUAUUGUCGAGGGAUAUUCCAGCAUUAGCUGGGCUCCCACCAAGUGUGGAUAUGCUUGCUCUGAUCAUGCUACGUGGAACAAGGCCGGAGUUCCCACUGUAUUUACAUUUGAAGCUCCCUUUGCCGAUCACAGUCCAUACAUUCAUACUUCUGAUGAUACUGUUGAACAUAUUGAUUUUGGCCACAUGGCUGAGUUUGUCAAAAGUGUGAUUGGGUUCACUGUCGAGCUAUCUCUAUAUGGUAAAUAGUAGCGAUCCGAAUUUUUGUUACGACCAUCUGUCAAGAUCGAGUUUGGUUGGUGAUAUAGGGAUAAAUGAAAAAAUGUCAAUAACU